AUCAAGCACCUAGGCAUGCAGACUGCUUCUACAGACAUUUGUGAAAGAAUGGGUCACUCUCAGGAGCUCAGUGAAUUCAAGCGUGGUACAAUGAUAGGUUGCCACCUGUACAAUAAGUCCAUCCAUGAAAUUUCCUUGCUACUCAAUAUUCCCCAGUCAACUGUUAGUGGUAUUAUAAUAAAGUGGAAGCAACUGGGAACAAUAGUAACUCAGCCACGAAGUGGUAGGCCAAGUAAAAUGACAGAACAGGGUCAAUGCAUACUGAAACGCACAGUGCGCAGCAGUCACUAACUGUUUGCAGAGUCAUUAGCUAAAGACCUCCAAACUUCAUGUGGCCUUCAGAUUAGCACAACAACAGUGCGCAGAGAGCUUCAUGGAAUGGGUUUCCAUGGCCAAGAAGAUGCAUCCAAGCCUUAAAUGACCAAGUGCAAUGCAACGUUUGCUCGGAUGCCGUGGCGUAAAGCAUGCCAACACUGGACUCUAGAGCAGUACUUGCCUGACUGCAAUGUGCCAAGUGUAAAGUUU